ACCACAAAAGGAAAAAGAGGAAGGCAGCAUAUUCCUCGUGUGCCUUCUCUAGGGUUUUGACCAUUCUCUUCUUCCCUCUCAGUAGAACCCUCCUCAUUAACGUCAGGGUUUUAGCCCUCUCCUGCAUCUCUCUACCAAUCAUGGAUUCUAUUGCUAAAUUGCGCUUCCCCCCUCAGCCCUCUCAUCUCUCCCUCAAUCCCCACCGUCCAUCCUUCUCCAAACCCAUUUUCUCCCUUUCCUUCAGAACCCCUCCUCCGCUGUCACCGUUAUCAUCACCACCAUCGUUCAAAUUUGCCUCCAUUAGAGCUUCUUCUUCUUGCGCUCCACUCUGUAAAUCAUCGCAAACCCCUCAUCCUUCUCUUCUUGAAACCUUAAACCCUCUGCUUAAAACCACCUGCAUCACUCUCACUUGCGCCGCUGCAGUGCUCUUCUCGCGAUUCCAGAUUAAACCCGCAAUUGCCUCCCCGGUCGCCGCGACUCCCACGGUUGAGCCCGCGAAAGAAUCGUCGAAGGAAAAUGUAUCAGUUGAAGAACAAGAACGAGACCUUGAGGAGCAUUUGUCUCGAAAUCCUAAUGAUACUGAAGCUCUACGAUCUCUCAUGGAAGUGAGGAUUAAAGCUCGGAAGCUUCUUGGAGCAAUCGAAGUCGUGGAUCGCUUAAUCGAGCUGGAGCCCAAUGAAGAUGAGUGGCCGGUGCUAAAAGCUCAAAUUUAUAUCUAUAGUGGAGAAUUUGAAUUGGCAAGAAAAGAAUUUGAGGAAAUACUAGAGAAAGAUCCUUAUCGGGUGGAGGCUUAUCACGGUUUAGUGAUGGCGCAUUCUGAAUCUGGGACUUCAUUUGAUCAGGUUUUCAAAAGAAUUGAAGCAGCGAUGGAUAAGUGCAAGAAAGAGAAGAAAAAAUCUGAUUUGAGAGAUUUUAAGCUGUUAAUUGCACAAAUUAGAGUAAUGGAGGAGAAAUAUGUGGAUGCUCUGAAGGUUUAUGAUGAAUUGGUUAAGGAGGAGCCGAGGGAUUUUAGGCCGUAUCUGUGUCAGGGAAUUAUAUAUACUCUGAUGAGGAAGAAAGAUGAGGCAGAAAAAAAAUUUGAGCAGUUUAGAAAGCUUGUACCUGAGAAUCACCCAUACAGGGAGUUUUUCCUUGAUAAUAUGUUUGGCACAAAGUUCUUCUCGGAGAAGGUCUAGCAUCUGAGCAAUGGGGAAUAAAUUUAGGUGAGGGGUAAUAGCAUUUUCUUUUCUUUUCUUUUCUUUUUGGUUUUGGUAAAUGAUGAUGACAAUUUUAUAAAAAUUUCACUUAGUAUCUGGUUACAAGUAAUCUCAGUGAAUUGGAUGACAAUCUUCUUAAUGUGUUUUUAAGUGGUGCAGAAGUAGACAUGCUAGUUAUAUAGAUGAAAUGGUUACAUGUUAUUUCAA